UGAAGUACAUGUUGUCACACCUUCUUCGGCAAGACAGCCUGGCACGACCGACGCCACCAGCCAUUCUCGCUGGCCCAAGUCUCGUCAACACAACGCCGUCCCAUGCACCAGCUCCAGCAUGUUACAACUGCGCCGUGGGCCAUGCCAAUUGUGCUGCUGCGACUUACACAGCGAAGGCGCGCAACUGGUCCGUUUCUGUCACCUCUGGAGUCGCUUUCAAUCUCCUGGCAAUGCAUUCAAGACGUUGUUCGCAGCCAUGUUCAUGCUAUCGAGUGGUUGAAGGUUUCAUCCAACGUUUUUGCCCACGCAAGUGCGAGUACGACGUCUCGAGAAGCAUGCAAUACGACCAUGCGUGUCCUUGACAACCCAACGAUUCAUGCGGAGAAGCCAAAGAUGGGACUUGGCGUCUCUACCGCCGCGGAUGUAGGUAGCCCAUGCCAUGGCAUGUCGACAUGCCAAUCCCGCACGAGAAAACUGAGUUUUGAAUUUUGACCAAUCAAACGACAUGGCGCGAAAAAGGGGAUUUCGAAAUCGGGAGGCCGCCGCCUUAGGAUGAUCGCAUGCUUGUACACCAAGCACAAGACGCAGAAGAAGAAGACGUACCAUGAUGGCCAUGUCGUCCGAUCUUCGACGAAGAUUACACUCCAGAAUGACCAAGGAAUGACCAUCGACUCGAUGCCGCAGACGGACACUGAGUGGACUCGUAAUUUCCCGCACUUCGACUUUCCCAAGUUCCUCGUGGACAUUGACGAGGACGCAUACUCCGACAACCACGUCCCUGGAACCGGCACUCCACAUGUGACGGCACCCGAGACUUCGGGCAGCAGCUGUGGAAGGACAGGGAGUAAUCUGGUAAAGUAUGUCCCUCAGCGAAGCAAGUUUCAACCGCCCAAACGAAAGCACGAAAUUGAGUACGACGCUCCAAGCACAAGCAAAAACGCAGCUGACUUUACACGGACCUUCUCAUUUAACAAGUCGAACAUCACAAGUACCCCAUCGGCGCCAAAGGUCGGACAUCUUACACCGUCGCCAACAAUUCGUGCACCCGCAGCAACCCCCCAAGUUACUCCGCCUGCUAUCAUGUCAAAGAAGUGUCGAUACGAGAAGAACGUCGACGACGCGCCGUGUCCAGAAGUUGUGAAGAAUGGUAUCGCUCGUGUCGUCGAACGAUGUGCACCAAGCGAUAUCGCGAGCGAACUGUCGAACUUCGUCGGCUGCGAAUGGCCAGACUUGCCGAAACCAGUUUGUCGAACUUAUGAUGAAGUUAGACGAUUGUUGGGAUGUCCCGAGCCCAAGUGAUUCCGUCGCGGAGGGUCAAGACUGCAAGAAAGACGACGUUUAUUUAAUAGAUAGUACAAUGCCUUAAAGCGUUGGUAAAAUGGAUAAGAAGAUCCAAGAACCUACUUGUGCCGCGCUGGGUGAGGAUCAUUUUUUGCGAUAAGCAGCUCCACCGAGUCCUUGGACUGUGUAAUCAAAUGCUUCGACAAUCCAGCCUUCUCGUUGUCUGGAAUCGGCGAGUACCCUUGCUGGAACAGGAGAAAGUUUUGACGCAGGCGAAUGGCGAUGUAGAUAAUGAGCACGACCACGAGCACAAGGACCACUUCGGCCGCCACCAUCUUGCCGCCUGACACGAG